AUGUCCGGUGACCAGACACACGGGCUCAUCGCCCCUCCAGAUCAUAGAGAUAUUUCUGGGGAAGAGGCUUGGGCCCGAAGGUGCUCUUUGCCUGCUAUUGCUCCAUGGAUUCCUCAAAAUGUGAAGACCGAGACAAGUUCCCCACAAGAUGCCUUGUCAACACGACUUCCAUCCACCCUACAUGCAGUUGAAGAGGAUCACCAGCCUCAGACUUCAGAAGCACAUUCACUCUUGUAUUCAAUUUCGCAAUGGCAGCCCCCACCUAACCAACCUACCGGCCAGCAACCCUCCAAACGACGAACUAAAUUGGUGCCAGUCCCACGAACCAGACCACCGUCAGCUCGAUUACUGGCCUCAAUCCGGCAAAACAAACAGUCAUCCACUCAACCACAGGGUCCCCGGCCCCCAGUCCUGCCUAGAAAUCCUGGUCGUAACGAGAGGAUCCCAGGAACCUACGGAAAGGACCUUCUGGAUGGGAGGAUAGGUAUCCGCCCACGUAACAAGGAAAGCGCCGAGCUUCAGCAACUCAAAAGCUCACGGAGUUCCUGUGAUGAGAAAGGUACCGGUCUCUCGCGAUCGAUGAAGAUCAUCAUUCAACAAUUCAUGGUGGCCAACGGCUAUAUCUGCCCCCACCUACACAUACCGCAUUGGGAGAAGCCCGUAUUCCGGGAUAGUCUGCGUGUCAGACUCGAUCUGCACAACACUUUCAUAACCACGAAGGAGACCCGCGAUGAGCAGAGGUCAAUCAAAUCAGCAUGGACGAGCGUUGACGGCUACAUAUCCGAGCAAUCGAGGGAGUGGAGGGCUCAAGGUGUCUUCGAACAGGUACAAGUGACGGCUCGACCUACUUUCGCUGCCUUCACAAAGGGCUGGACCGAUCGUAAUUGGGAUGGUAGCACAGGGGACUUUACUCGUGCAAGGAAGUUGACGGCAAUGUCGCCUGUAAUGUCUGUGUCUACUGAUGACGCUGACAAAGAGUCGAAACCAACGGACUCACAAAGAUUUCGGGAAGCAAAGCGUAAAGAGAUGGUGUUGGACGGUGAUACCGAGGCAUCAGUUAACAGUUCCUGUGCUAGACUUGAGCCACCACUGAAGCGUUCUGGUCAAGAUGGCCCCAACAAUCAAGCCAAGAAACGGGCUCGCACCCGUAGCAAAUAUGAGUAUGUCGAUCACGUUCACGAUGAAGGGAAUGGCCUCGACUUUACUAGACCUGAGGAGAAGAGCCUCCCAAUAGUCAUAGACACAAUUCAUCAUGCCAGAGCUAUGAUGCUGGACCUCGCUCCCAUGUCCGCCAAAAAUCUUGCUGUCAUGCAACAGGAUUGGACAUCGCAUGGGUUCCCGUCUCUGUUGGCUGAGAUGCUGACGCUUGGACGAGCUUAUACUGCAACGAUGGGCAAAUACUUCGACAACGCUUUGUAUUUGAUGUCUCUCCUGGAGGGAUCAGACCAUUGGAAGGCAAGUCAUAUGAAGGUUGAACUGGACUGUGCUUGUCAGAAAGGAGGAGUAGCACCCGAACAAUUGCAGAAUGAGAGGAUACCUGACCCAUCAGAUCCUUCUAAUAGUCAAGUCAAAGUUCGGCACUCACAUGAGCGAGAAGAUCCAAUACCUGACCGAAGUCUAGAUGGGAAGGUAUCUGACCGGCUGAUACCUCAACCUGGUGAUACCAAAGUGGACCGCUCAUCCCAGGGCCAGGGUGUAGCACCCGACCCAUUGCAUAUAGGAAUUGCAUCCAACCCGCCGGUAGUAAGGACAGAGAUGGCUCAAGUCGAUCAUCUGGAUCAGCCAACAGCUGCGACACCAGACCAAGUGCGUAACGAGGUAAUUAACCCAGAAGCCGCAAGUAAGACCACCAAGAACCCCUGUACCUCGUGA